AUGUCACAAAAGUACAUUCAACCCCUGCGGAUCCUGGAUUUUGUUUCCUCCAUCCUGAUUGAUUUUAAGUGGGGAUCCUCAUCACAGAGCUGGUGGGGCUGGUGCUUGGCCCAUCUUCGCAGGAGUCCGUUGCUCUCAUACUCUGUCAUAGGCUUUGAUGGAUGCCUCAGGGAUAAGGAGGGCAGGGCAGAGACCGAUGUGCCAAAUGACGGAUGGUGCGGUCUGAAACUCCCAGAUCCAAGCGACGGGGUUCAGCCGAUCGUGAGCAACCAGAAGAAUCCCAGAGACUUUGAUGAUAAAUAGGGGACGUCCCCAGGAUUCAGGACCAGUGGAGAGAUGGCCAAUCCUAUCCCGUCAGCCUGCUGCGUGGUGCUCGCUGUGGUGGUGGUGUAUGCUCAGAGGCACAGCCAGCAGGACAGCCACAUCCAGUAUGAGCGGGUAGGUGCCGACGUGACCAUGAAGUGCGGCUCCAUGGACUGGGAUGCAGCUGUGACCUGGACGGCCAAUGGCACUGACAUUGAUGACUCCCACCUGAACGGGUCCUACCUGAUCCUGAAGAACGUGGACCUGACACAGAGCGGCCAGUACUCAUGCUACGAGGGCUCCUCCUGGCACCUCAAGUACCAGACCAACCUUAGGGUGGGAGUCCCCCCGAAAGAGCCAGUGCUGAUGUGUCGGUCCAACAACUAUCCAAAGGGUUUCUACUGCAGCUGGCACCUGCCCAGCCCCACCUACAUCCCCAACUCCUUCAACAUCUCUGUCAUACAUGGCACGAGAGAGAUGGUCUGCGAAAAGGACAUCUUCCCCAAAAACAGGUGUCACAUCAGAUACCUCCAGCUCUUCUCAACAGUGAAGUACAAGGUGACUCUGACCGUCACGAAUGCUCUGGGCAAAAACUCCACCACUCUCACCUUUGACGAGUUCGCCAUAGUAAAGCCGGAUCCUCCAGAGAGCGUGGUGGCCAAGCCCGUGCCCAAUAACCCCCGGCGGCUGGAAGUGUCAUGGCAGAACCCCUCAUCCUGGCCCGACCCCGAGUCCUUCCCACUCAAGUUCUUCCUGCGCUAUCGGCCCCUCAUCCUGGACCAGUGGCAGCACGUAGAGCUGUCGGAUGGGACGUCACACACCAUCACAGAUGCUUAUGCUGGCAAGGAGUACAUCAUCCAGGUGGCCGCCAAAGACAAUGACAUCGGCACGUGGAGCGACUGGAGCGUGGCUGUGCAUGCCACCCCCUGGACGGAGGAGCCCAAGCACCUCACCACGGAGAUUCAGAUCAUAGGUGAGACCCUCACCCAGCACAAACCCCUUGCACUCAGGGGUCCUGGGUAUGGAGACCCCAGUGCUGGGGGUGUGUGGAGGAUGAGUGACCCUUCUCUUCCUCAUCACAGAUCCCCAUCUGUCGCAGCGCAGCGGAGACAACCUCCCACAGCCACCGCCACCGCCACCACCACACUCCCUCCGCACCCUGCCCGUUUUGAGUCUCUUUAUCUCUUCGAUUUUGCACACGUUGAGGACGUAUCACGCUUCUCGCCAUCGCUGCGGAGGAGGACAGAGCCACCAUCCCCCCUCCAGGGGGACCUGCCCCAAAAAACCUCGCCGAUAGCCCAGAGCGAGGACACGCACUUGUGCCCAUGUCACCCGCUCCGUCCCCACUCUCAGCAAGGCGCAACGAGCCCGGGCAUCAUGCCGCAGCCCCGGAUCCUGCGGGCCAGCCCCACCAUCGCUCAUACAGCUAACCCGCCACGCCAAAGACGUGCCACCGCCGCCACCAAGCCACCGGGACGCGGGUGA